AUUUUUUGCUGUUUAUUUGACUCAGGUACUUUCUUUUUCGUUUAAAAAAUAAAUUGUGUGGUUAUUUUGCGUCUUGAUGGAAAAAUAUUGUGGUUAGCCCAUGAUGGAAGACCGAUUAAAGACAGACACCUCAUCUGGGGAGGGGGACACAGAGCCCAGCAUGCUGCUCCAGAAGCUGAAGAGCAACAUUUCUAAGUCAGUGCAGAAUAAAGUGGACACUAUUUUGAGAGAUGUACAGCAGUUCUCAGACAACGACAAGCUCUACCUUUACUUGCAGCUGCCCUCAAGUCCAAGUGUAGGAGAGAAGAGUAGUGAUUCCAAUUCGGUCAAUACGGCCGACCAGCUACACACCUGCAGUUGGAUUCGAAGUCACCUGGAGGAACAUGCUGACACCUGCCUACCCAAGCAAGAUGUUUACGAGACAUACCGGAAGCACUGUGAAAACCUGCAGCAAAGGCCUUUGAGUGCUGCAAACUUUGGCAAGAUUAUCAGAGACAUCUUCCCAAAUAUCAAAGCCCGGAGGCUGGGGGGCAGAGGACAGUCCAAAUAUUGCUACAGUGGAAUCAGAAGGAAGACGGUUUUAAAUAUGCCGUUAUUACCCAAUCUGGACCUUAAGAAUGACCCGUCAGAACUGACAGAGCUGGUGCAGACGUACAAGCAGGAGGUGACAGAGGCAGCGUGCGAGCUGAUCUGUGACUGGGCCCAGAAGAUUCUCAAACGCUCCUUCGACACCGUAGUGGAGAUCGCGCGCUUCCUCGUCCAGGAGCACAUCGUGAACCCACGAUGCAGCCAGGCCGAGCUGGUCACCUCUGCUGCACUGGCUGGAGGUCCAGCAAAACCACAUAAGGUGAUCAAAAAGACCCCAGUGACACCCAGAGCAGGCGGAGCUGAGGAAGACAGCAGUAGCCAAGAUGCUAAGCAGAAAGACAAAGAUGGCACAGAGCAGGGGUCACCUAAUAAGCUGCCACAGAGUGACAAACCUGCCAAAGUGAUGGAUCCAUCACGGCCUGGGUGCCGGGACCAGCAGGUGGAGGCCCUGAUGAAGAAGCUGCACCCACUGCUUCCAAAAGACGGCUCCGUUCAGGAUAAAUCCCAGCUCUCCAUGCACUCAUCCCCCCCAGCUUUCACACCAAAUGACUCCAGCAGCGUCAAGAUGACUGUUCCCAUGGUCCCGGUGAUGAUCCUCUCCUACCCUGACAAGAACACCUCGGUCACGGCCUCCACCUCCGCCGCUCCGACACCGGUGGUCCAGAGAGCCCGGACAGCACCGCCCAAAAGGGGCUUUGACACACCUGCUGUUCCUGCGCGGCCAGGAACAGCCACCGCUGCCCCUGCUCCGCCUCUAAAACGGAAACGAGGUCGGCCCAGAAAGCCCCGGCCCGAAGAACUGGCAGCAACUACAGCAACAACAGCAGUAGUGACUCAGGGCCCCAACCCCACCCUACUUACCAGAGGCGUGAUCCAGAAGGCGCUUUCAUCCACAAUGCCUGCCCCGUCAUCACAGGUGAUGGAGAUCGUCUUGCAGGACCAGCGCAGCCUGCUCCUUUCCCCACAGGAGGUGGCGGACACAGAGUGCAGGGGUGUAAUGGUGAAGUGCCAGCCUGCUGCUGACGCCCCUCCUGAGACCAGGCCCAUCUUGCUCUUGCAGGGCGAUGGCCAGCCCACGUACGAGGUCAGCCGCGCUAUGGUCAUCCAGCGGGCACCACUAUCACGCGAGGGGCGGCCCACUGACCUGCCCGCCACUCAGACCACCACCUCGCACCUGCCUCCGGCCACUUUACAUGAAGACCGAGGAGAGGUGGAGAUCACUCUCACUCCAGUGGAGCCCCACGUUGACCCCUUGCUCACUGCAGCCACUAUGUUUGGCCCCCGAGCUGGGGAGGGCCCGCAGCCUGAGGGCCUGUAGUGAGAGCAGCCAUGGCCUCCAAUGACCGACCUCUAACUUCCAUGAGGGUCUGUGGCCUGUGCGCCUUGGUGUGUGUUGCCUUUUCAGUGUGUCUUCAGUGACUUGCAUCCAAGCACGUCAAAACUGAGCUGUCAUGUUACGGUUGAGUUUGGACUGCAGUUGUUCCACUGUGUCUCUUUGUUAAAGUAGCCUCGUAUGCCACUGUCCGAAAGCUCCAGGGCCUUCACGCUGUCUGGCUUGAUUUCUGUCUGCUCCCCCCGCAGGGCACUAAGUAUGCUCGCCUGUCUCCUCUGAUGAGUUGAUUAGUAAUGACAGGCAUCAGUACUAGGUACAGAAAUUGCAUGACAGGUCUAACCAUCUUUUGCUAAAUUCUGUUAAUCUUCCACUGCCAAGAGCCUUAUGCCACACCCAGAAGGGUUUAAACAGACUGAAUCAAGCAGAAUGAAGAAGGUGAAAGCUCUGGAGUUCCAGGCUGUACUAGGCUAGCAUUAAAACUAUGGAAUCAUCAAUGCAGUGGAUUAAUGUCCCUGCUGGUCUCCUUUAAACAGAGAAUAAGUGAUUUCCUGGUGACCAUAUGAGAUUUUGUAAUGUCUUUUAUAAAAGACAUUGGCACAAUUCUGGACAGGAUCCAACUGAAUAUGAAAAAAGGGAAAGAAGGUGGGUGUUUAACACUCUUUUAGUGCAAAGUGUUGUGGAAACAUACAACGAAUUUAUCGAAGUAUACUGAUAAAUAACAAAAUAACAGAAAUAUGCCAAGAAGUUAUCAAACUUGACUUAUAAAUGACACUGUCAGUCUAGGUCAGUUGUGCUGUGUGGUAUAGAGAUCAUAUGACUGUUUGGAGGGAUGGGAGUGGGCACAAUCAUAUGAUAAGAUGGCACAGUCAGUGCUAAUGAACAAUGCCGCGGUGAUACCAUGAGAGCCACAGGAGGACACAUGGCCUUUUGACACCAUAACAGUCUUUGCAUGUUUGUCUUUAUGGUUAAGAAUGAUGACCUUUAGGGGCUGCUUUGUGUUUUCCUAGUUGUUUAGAUGACAUGGAGUGGAAUUACGGGUUUGUAACUUCAGGGUUCUGAGAGCUUAUUUCUCCCUUUCUCCUCUCAAUGGCUGGAUGGGGGUUUUCCCCCCUCUGUUGUGUUCUUUUAGAUGUUAUUUCUUUUAAUGGAAAUUACAAAGAUAAAAAAUGAUCUCUAGAUCAAAGGAUAUAUAGUUAAUUGCCAAAAAAGUCAGACUUCAGAAGUUGAUUUUAAAUCAUACGGUCCAGUUGACAGAUUUGGGGAAUCUCUUGCAGUCUGUUGUCCAAAAACAUUAGCACUUACAAUGUAAAUAAUUUAUCUGUGAACCUCAGUAAAAGCAAACAUGGUCUGGCCCAAGACCAGUGUUGGAUUUAAUAAUAUUAAUGCUAGUAAUAAUAAGGUUGUGUAACAAGAUAAACUAAACUGCAAUGAACUUAAAGGGCAGAUGAGGGCAGAGGAUUAACUAAGACACGGUAGAAGUGUUCAUUUACCAUGUGCUAAGACGCACAUUCACUGUGGGGUACUUGGCUCUUAUUUGACGACUCUGCCAGAUUGCCCAGUUCCAAUUCAAACAAAAAAAACCUAAAUCCUCUUUCCCUGGCCAUUGAACUUGGGGGGCCUGUGCAGAAGUGUAAUGUAAUUUGUGCUAAGUGCUUGCAGUGAAGUCCUUAAGAAAAGGCAGCUAUGUACACAAUCAGAUUAACUAUUGAGGGAAGCUAAUGCAAUGAAUUAUGAAUGACUAGAAGUGCUGGAUUAGCUAAUAAAUUGAUCUAAUGUCUCCUAGUUAAAUUAUUCUAAUUAGGCCUGUUUUCCUUACUAAUAGGAUGCAUAUCAAUACAAUUAAUAUAUAAAUAUAUAAAAAUUUAUAUUUAGCAAUAUUAAAAUGUGUAGAUGUACUUUAUUUGGGUAAUGCAUCUGAUAUGCACAAAAUGUAAAAAUUCCUGUUUUUUCUAAAUUGGAGAAAGGAAAAAAUAAAAACUGCUAUUGAGCAUCUUGGCAGGUAUAGUUUUAACACAAACUGAACCUUCAUCUGCAGGUGUUUGUUUCAGUUGAGUGUAGUUAAAAUAUGAUGCAUUGGAUUAUCAAUCUGAAAUGAUUCCUUUAAUCUGAGGUGGAUUAAGCUUCAGUGGAUGAUCUCAUAUUCAGUGUUUAUUGCAGCUGAUGCCAGAGGACUUCUCUACCAUUGUAAAUGGAUUCAGCUUUUUAUUAACAUUUUCAAAAUGUCACGGUUUUGGCCACUACCACCAAUGUUACUACAUUAAAGCGCCUACAAGGUUGUGCAAUGUGAUUUUAAAGUCAACUCUAAAUUUGGGAUACCAGUGUAAUUGUUGAUGAUUUAUUCUUCCUUUGAUAUUGAAAUGGUAAUGUGGAUGCAGUAAUUUGAUGCAGUGAUGAUCUCUGAAAGGUAAAGUAAUAGGAAUUUGUCCAUUUAAACAGUUUAUUAUGAAGAAAUUAAUAGUAUGUAACGAGCACUGGUAUGGAACAGCCUCAUAGAGGUCUGUGAUACAGCGCACCUGCAUUUUACUUCCUGUUCCAGUUUUCAAGUGUGGAAAAACUGGAACGAGAGCCAGAAAUACACAACUGGCAAAGUAAAAUUUUAAAUAUAGUUUAGAGAAACUACUUUGGAAGAAUUUAGUUCACUAGUCUGUCCAUAUUGACAAGGUUAAAAUGGUUACUUAUUUAGAAACAAUAAUAACGGAAAUAAAACAGAUGAUAAUAUAUUAUUAAAGCUCCAAAAACAUUUACAGAAUGUGAUUACAUGGCGGGUUUAUGAUUGUAGGAGUUCUGGUGCUCGAAAGAAAGAAAACGGGUUUACAUAUGAUUGUAGUAUGCAGUAAUUUGAUUUAUCGCUGCCCAGACAUGAACUGCAUCAUAUACUUCUUCAAGGUGCUAAUUUUUCAUAAAGUCAACUAAAUUUUCUAAACAUCUGCAUAAGAUGUAAAACACAAAGGCAAGCUGCUUUCUUUUACCAGUACUUAACAUGUUGAGGUUCAUGAAGCAAAAAUGAGGUUAAAAAAUGUUUAGACUUCAGUAUUAAACUUGUUGGGGUUUUUUUUUUGUUUGUUUGUUUUGUCUCUAUCACAUUGCUACUAUGAUUAAUUUGUUCAUUACUGACACUUGGACUAUUAUGUCUGUAGUUAUUUUUAACAGUAGUAAGUUACAUUUCUUUCCUUCAUGCAACUACAAUACAAACUGAUGUGUUCAAAGAAAGCUUUAAAAGGGUUCCAAAAUAAGACAAAUUUACAAGUCAGGAAUAGGUUUUCUUCCUGAGGCUGUUUACUGACAUCUUGACCACAUAUGCUAUCAUGAUAUAUUCCAUACCUACAAACUGUGAAAGAAGGGAUUACUGAGUAUAGCAAAAUGAUUUGGUAGUAGCUAAGGAGGAGAGAGGAGGGUAACAUCACAAAACACCAGCACAGGGCAUCUUCUAGUCAGCUGUUUACAGUGGUUACUAGCAACACCCAAACUUUGGCCAAUCAGUACCUUCUCGUUGUAUAGACAUUGUUUUUACCCCGUGACUUCAGUGUUCUUAUGGUCCUUUGUGGACACACCAAAGUGGAAAAAGUCAGGGUUGAGGAAUGACAAAGAUAAGGGGACCCUAUUAACACGAAGCAGUAAUGUUUAGAUUGUAGAGAGUCAAAGUUAGAAGAUGGUGAGAAACUACUGUUGCAGUCAGGCAAGUUAAAUAAACUAAAAAAUCGGGUUGGUGGCCGUUCUGACUGUGAACUAAAGAUGUCCAAAACUUUAUGUUGCAUGAAAUCAUGGCAAAUUGAGUUCAGGUGUGCAUGGUCAUGAGAGGUCAGCAGUCAGUCAUGUAAGACUGGCAGAGGGAUCAGAGUGCUGACAGAAGGUGAUGGCUGGGUCAGUCAGAUAUGACAGAACUCAGUGGCUGGCGGACAGGGUCCCAGGGAGGUUGUGGCAGAGAAGGGUACUGUAGAACAUGAACUGUUCUGUAAGAGGUGGUAUAUGGCAAGAAGACAGCAGAGUACUGCAUGUAAAUCUAUGGCAGAUGAGCGGAUGGUCUGUAAUGGGGUCAGGGAGAGGAUAGGCUUAUAUUGCCAUGUACUACAGAAAUUUUAAUUGUUUUAGUUGUUUGUUGUACAGUAUGAUGAAGGACCACGGAGAUAAUUGGAAACAUCUAGGCUUGACAGCUUAACUUAAUGUGAGAAGCAGAGGUGAACACAGAGAAGCCACUACCCCCCUUUCCCCAGUCCUGGUCACACCAGCAUAUGAGUUAUACAAGAAGCAGUAGUGAAAUACCUCUAAAGCCAGGAAAAAAAAAAAACUCUUAAACUUCAACAUCUCAACAUAAAGGACUCACUGAAAAUAAAACAUCAGAUUUGUUUAGAAACAUUUGUUUAGAUACAAAUGUAAUAUGAAAACAUUUUUGCCAUUUCAUGAAUCUUAUCAAAGGUCCUUAAAUAUAUCUUGUGGUUUCAUGGCCAAAUUAAAUUUUUUUUAAUGACAAAAGCAUGUGAAGUUUAGUAUAUUGUGCCUCAUACACGCCAACGUGCUCUGAAAACAUUUUUUUUUAUUUGCAAAAUCAGGAUUAAACUUGUGAGCUUUUAUUAGACCACGGCUUUCAAAAAAAAAAACCUGUUGCCCCUGCCUAUAGACCAACACAACCGUACACUGAAACAACAUAUGUAUGGUAAAUAUGGUCCCAACCCAUUUUGUUGACAUUAUCACAAAGAGCUCCUUUCCUGCUAGUAUCAUGUAUUGUUCAAUUCAGAUGUGUGAUUUGCUUUGCCUCUGUGCUAUUUAUUCUCUUUUUGGACAAUUUAAGUUUUAUAUGCGGUAAAUGUUGAUUUGUCAAAAUGUCAAUGAUACGCUGUGAGCUUUACAUGUUGCGUUUUUUGUGCUGUUUCAUGUUUAAAGUAAACUGAGCACUGUUGCGGGUGUUUCUGCGCUGACCCCAUGCAUGUUUU